AUGGUCACGUUUCCGGGCCAGCUUCCCGGACUCAGAGGAACAACCAAUAGCAAUUCCCCUGUCUUUUCUGCAAUUGAUCUACAACGUAGAUCUCAAGAGCUCUUGAGUUACUCCAUUUCCGACAAUACUAGGAAGUUGUAUGACACGGCACUGAAUGUUUUUAAAGCUGUAUGCUUUAACAUCUUUCGCAAGGCUUACUACCACGAAGAAAAGUGUCCUCCUCAUUCCCACGAAUUAGUAAAUUUUGUGUCUUACCUAUCAUAUAAGCAAUUUUCUCCCAACACAAUUAAAUCUUACAUAUCUGGGUUAUAUUUUUGCAAGCUACACAAUGUCCAUGAUUCAACUCAAUCGUUUUUACUCAGAAAAGUCCUGGUCGGAUUGACCCGUAAAAACCCGCGAGCUGACGACAGGAAACCACUUACAUUGGAUAUCUUGUCGAGUAUACUUCGCUUGCUGCCUACAAUUUGCAAAUCCCCAUAUGAAUCUGCGCUAUUCUCGGUCAUAUUCACAACCGCUUUCUUUGGGUAUUUCAGAAUGGGAGAACUGGUUCAAAAUUCAGUGCAUGACCCUGGCCAUGCUAUCCAAGCUAGGGAUGUAAUCUACCUAGAACACAAUAAUACAGUCCCCAUUUUCCUCAGACACUCAAAGACUGACCAGAAUAUUCACAUUGUAGGUCCAAAAAGAAUUUGGAUCAUUGGGUUGUCCAUAAUUAAGCAUGCUUUUUGCUAUGCUAGAACAUCUUCAUAUGGUGCCAACCUAGAGUUAGCCCGCCAUAAUGCUACCAUAUUUUGGCAAGGCAAAGGGGGCAUGAGACUGGAAGAGAUUUACCCUAAAGUUAGGAGACUACUGAAAGUAGAAGAUGCCCCUCACAUACUAGUUAUACAUUGUGGGGGCAACAACAUCCCAAUGGACAAAGGUGCGAAAUCAGCUGACUUGCGUUUCAGGCUAAAGGCUGUGUUGAAAAAAUUAACAGCAUUACUACCAUCAACAAUAUUGAUUUGGUCUCAGAUACUGCCACGCCUUCACUGAAGGGGGAAUAAACCAAGCUGCCAUCGAAAGAAUAAGAAUUCGU